AUGGCGCAGCAAGGAACUCAGCUAGACCGAGAAAACUUUUCUUGUUCAAUCUGUCUGGAUCUACUGAAGGAUCCAGUGACUAUUCCCUGUGGACACAGCUACUGCAUGAGCUGUAUUAAAAACUUCUGGGAUGAAGAGGAUAAGAAGGAAAUCUACAGCUGCCCUCAGUGCAGACAGACCUUCACACCGAGGCCUGUCCUAAUGAAAAACACCAUGUUUGCAGCUUUAGUGGAGCAGCUGAAGAAGACUGGACUCCAAGCUGCUGCUACUGAUCUCUGCUAUGCUGGACCUGAAGAUGUGGCCUGUGAUUUCUGCACUGGGAAGAAGUUCAAAGCCUUAAAGUCCUGUUUGGUGUGUCUCGUCUCAUAUUGUGAGAAACACCUCCAGCCUCAUUAUGAAUCAACAAAUUUUAAGAAACACAAGCUGGUCGACCCCUCAGAGAAGCUCCAGGAGAACAUCUGCUCUCGUCAUGAUGAGGUGAUGAAGAUGUUCUGCCGCACUGAUCAGCAGAUUAUCUGUUAUCUCUGCUCUGUGGAUGAACAUAAAGGCCACGACACAGUCUCAGCUGCAGCAGAAAGGACUGAGAGGCAGAGAGAGCUCGAGGUGAGUCGACUAAACGUCCAGCAGAGAAUCCAGGACAGAGAGAAAGAUGUGAAUCUACUUCAACAGGAGGUGGAGGCCGUCAGUCUCUCUGCUGAUAAAGCAGUGGAGGACAGUGAGAAGAUCUUCACUCAGCUGAUCCAUCUCCUCCAGAAAAGAAGCUCUGAUGUGAAGCAGCAGAUCAGAUCCCAGCAGGAAACUGAAGUGAGUCGAGUCAAAGAGCUUCAGGAGAAGCUGCAGCAGGAGAUCACUGAGCUGAAGAGGAAAGAUGCUGAACUGAAGCAGCUCUCACACACAGAGGAUCACAACCAGUUUCUACAAAACUACCCCUCAGUGUCACAACUCAGUGAACCUACAGACUCAUCCAGCAUCAAUAUCCGUCCUCUGAAAUACUUUGAGGAUGUGACAGCAGCUGUGUCAGAGCUCAGAGAUAAACUACAGGACAUCAUGAAGGAUGAAUGGACAAACAUCUCACUGACAGUGACUGAAGUGGACGUUUUACUGUCCAAUUCAAAAUCAGAGCCCAAGACCAGAGCUGGAUUCUUAAAAUAUUCAUGUGUAAUCACACUGGAUCCAAAUACUGCAUACACAAGCGUGUUAUUACACGAGGGUAACAGAAAAGCAGAAGUAAUGGCACAACAACAGUCUUAUUCUCAUCACCCAGAAAGAUUCACUAAUUAUAAUCAGGUGCUUAGUAGAGAGAGUCUGACUGGACGUGGUUACUGGGAGGUGGAGUGGAGAGGAAGUAGAAUUCGUGUAGCAGUCGCAUACAAGAAUAUCAGCGGAGCAGGAGGUACAAAUGAAUGUCUAUUUGGAGGUCCUCGUUCCUCCAGACUAGGAGUGUACCUGGAUCACAGAGCAGGUAUUCUGUCCUUCUACAGCGUCUCUGAAACCAUGACUCUCCUCCACAGAGUCCAGACCACAUUCACUCAGCCUCUCUAUGCUGGAGUUUGGCUUAAUUCUGUUGGAGACACAGCUGAUUUCUGCUGCUUCGAGAGAGGCUUACUGAGAGCCAGAAUGGCGCAGCAAGGUGUUAAUCUGGACCAAAAAACCUUUUCUUGUUCGAUCUGUUUGGAUCUACUGAAGGAUCCAGUGGCUAUUCCCUGUGGACACAGCUACUGCAUGAGCUGUAUUAACAACUUCUGGGAUGAAGGGGAUAAGAAGGAAAUCUACAGCUGUCCUCAGUGCAGACAGACAUUCACACAGAGGCCUGUCCUGAUGAAAAACACCAUGUUAGCAGUUUUGGUGGAGCAGCUGAAGAAGACUGGACUCCAAGCUGCUCCUGCUGAUCUCUGCUAUGCUGGACCUGACGAUGUGGCCUGUGAUGUCUGCACUUGGAGGAAGCUGAAAGCCCUCAAGUCCUGUCUGGUAUGUCUGGCAUCUUAUUGUGAGAAUCACCUCCAGCCUCAUUAUGAAUCACCGACAUUCAAAAAACACAAACUGGUCGAUCCCUCGGAGAAGCUACAGGAGAACAUCUGCUCUCGUCAUGAUGAGGUGAUGAAGAUGUUCUGUCGUACUGAUCAGCAGAGUAUCUGUUAUCUCUGCCCUGUGGAUGAACAUAAAGGCCAUGACACAGUCUCAGCUGCAGCAGAAAGGACUGAGAGGCAAGGCGAGCUCGAGGUGAGUCGACUAAACAUCCAGCAGAGAAUCCAGGACAGAGAGAAAGAUGUGAAGCUGCUUCAACAGGAGGUGGAGGCCGUCAGUCUCUCUGCUGAUAAAGCAGUGGAGGACAGUGAGAAAAUCUUCACUGAGCUGAUCCGUCUCCUCCAGAAAAGAAGCUCUGAUGUGAAGCAGCAGAUCAGAUCCCAGCAGGAAACUGAAGUGAGUCGAGUCAAAGAGCUUCAGGAGAAGCUGCAGCAGGAGAUCACUGAGCUGAAGAGGAAAGACGCUGAACUGAAGCAGCUCUCACACACAGAGGAUCACAAGCAGUUUCUACACAACUACCCCUCAGUGUCACAACUCAGUGAACCUACAGAAUCAUCCAGCAUCAAUAUCUGUCCUCUGAGAUACUUUGAGGAUGUGACAGCAACUGUGUCAGAGCUCAGAGAUAAACUACAGGACAUCCUGAAGGAGGAAUGGACAAACAUAUCACUGACUGUGACUGAAGUGGACGUUUUACUGUCACAAACAGAGCCCAAGAUCAGAGCUGGAUUCAUAAAAUAUCCAUGUGAAAUUUCACUGGAUCCAAACACAGCAAACACAUGGCUGUUAUUAUCAGAGGGGAACAGAAAAGUAGAACGAAUGAGACAAAAACAGUCUUAUUCUAGUCACACAGACAGAUUCACUGAUCAUUAUCAGGUCCUGAGUAGAGAGAGUCUGACUGGACGUUGUUACUGGGAGGUGGAGUGGAGAGGGAGAGGAGUUGGUGUAGCAGUCACAUACAAGAAUAUCAGGAGAGCAGGAGUUGCAAAUGAAGGUCUAUUUGGAUACAAUGACAAAUCUUGGGCUUUAAGAUGUGACAAUAACAGUUCUAAAUUUUUGUUCAACAACAUCUCAACUCCCGUCUCAGGUCCUGGUUCCUCCAGACUAGGAGUGUACCUGGAUCACAGAGCAGGUAUUCUGUCCUUCUACAGCGUCUCUGAAACCAUGACUCUCCUCCACAGAGUCCAGACCACAUUCACUCAGCCUCUCUAUGCUGGAGUUUGGCUUAAUUCUGUUGGAGACACAGCUGAGUUGUGUAAACUCAAAUAGACAGAAGUCAUUUCAGACUUCAUGUGUCAGA